GUCAUUGUAAACGGUAAAUAGAACGAUCUGCGGGUGUUGGUAAACAUUAUACAAUUAUACAUUGCCAGUAAUUUAACACUCUGCAAUGAAUACAAUAAGGCUGCAGAGUGUAGCAGCAGAAAGAUUUCUCUCUCCCUGCAUUCAGCGAUGUUCAUCCGUGCAAAAUCGGUCAACUAGCGGAAAACCUCAAAAAGUCAGUGAAACAUGGGAGCUAAUGGCUGAACAGAACUUCCCAUUUGCCAGAGCAAGACUGGGAACAUUUUUUCAGGAUGCCCCUAAACUUGGAAACCAGUACAUCGAAGACUCAUUACUCAGGUCAUACUUGAAACGACAUGUCCCAAAACAGGUUCUAGCAGAAAUUGAGCCAGACUUGACAAGGUUUGGUGAGAGGGUUGCCACGGAGAUGCACACCUUGGGUCUGCAGUGUGAGCAGCAGCAGCCAUACCUGGUCAAGUACUCGGCUUGGGGGGAGAGGGUUGACAGGCUGAUCACCGGGCCCGCCUGGCGUGAGAUGCACAAGAUAGCAGCACAAGAGGGACUUAUUGCUAUAGCCUACGAACGAAAACAUGCAGAGUGGAGUCGGCUGUAUGGCCUAGUGAAGAACUACCUCAACUGUCCAUCGUCUGGUUUAUACUCGUGUCCACUUGCCAUGACAGACGGAGCGGCAAAGAUUGUGGAGCGUCUGUCUAGUGAGGCCCCAUGGUUGAAAGAACGGGCCUUCCCCCAUCUGCUGUCCCGAGACCCGGACAAGUUCUGGACAUCUGGGCAGUGGAUGACCGAGAAACGUGGCGGGUCAGACGUAGCGGGUGGUACAGAGACAGUAGCGGUAGAGCAGGCAGACGGUACGUACAGGCUGUAUGGGUACAAGUGGUUCUCCUCUGCCACAGAUGCCGAUAUCACGUUCACACUUGCCAGAACUGUAGACAAGCAUGGACACACUGUACCAGGUACAAAGGGCCUGUCGCUGUUCUAUCUGGAAGUGAAGACAGACUCUGGUUCCCUGAACAACAUAGAAGUGAUACGGCUGAAAGACAAGCUGGGCACCAGACAACUUCCCACAGCAGAACUGCUGCUAGAUGGCGCUGUGGCCCACAAGGUGUCUGACGAGGGACGUGGUGUGCCUGCCAUCAGUGACAUGUUGAAGCUCACCCGGAUGCACAACUCAAUUGCUGCAGCAUCGUCAAUGAGAAGGAUGGUGAGCCUGUCUAGAGACUAUGCAACACGAAGGACUGCAUUUGGUCAGGUGUUAAGAAGAUACCCACUGCAUGUUCAGACUCUGGCCAGAAUGGAGGUUGAGGCGCGAGGUGCACUGAUCCUGUGCCUGGAGAACAUGCGCCUGCUGGGCCGGGAGGACUGUGGGGUGGCCAGCGAGGGCGACCUCAGUCUGCUGAGACUGCUUGUACCACUGUCCAAACUGUACAGCGGCAAGCAGGCCCUCCAGGUCGCUACAGAGGGACUGGAGAGUUUUGGAGGUCAAGGUUACAUUGAGGACACAGGCAUUCCUGGCAUCCUUAGAGACGCACAGGUGCUGUCUAUAUGGGAAGGUACCACUAACAUCCUAUCACUGGACGUACUGAGGGCCAUAGCCAAGUCCCAGGGCGGGGUGCUCAGUGCAUUCCUUGCGGAGAUAGAGGUCAGGAUGGGGGCUGUGAGGUCACCGGAGCUGGCUGAGGCUACAGACAAGGUAUUGAAGGCCGCUCAUCAGGUGACCCAGUUUGUACAGGAGACCUCCAAGAAAUCUGCAACACUGGAGUUGGCAGCCAGGGACCUCGCAUUCAGUCUCACACGCACUUACAUGGGAUGCUUACUAAUUGAUCAUGCAGCCAGUGAAGUGGCCACACAGCAAGACAUCUACACAGCACAAAGGUGGUGCGAAAAGGAUCUUUCCUUGGUGGUAACCAAUAGCAACCGUGGUCACUAUAGCAACGCUUCGAUCUCCAGAGACCUUGACCUUGUGUAUGAUGGCUACAUGGACAAGAGUCGAUUGUGAACUGGAAACGUACCAUAUGGCUGUAUCAGUUAAUAUUUAAUAUAUAACCUUGUUCUGAAAAAAACUGGGCCAAUGUAUGUGCAUUAAGUGUCAUCACAGAAUAGCCUGUGCAGGUCGCAUAGUUACAUGUAUAUGUGUGCGUGAACAUGUAGAUUUUGACUUGUACAUUAAAUACAGGAGUGUGACAUUCUACCCCUAUUAUGGCGCUCUUUUUGAACUCAAUUUAAAAGACAGUCUGUGAUAUUUAUAUGACUAUGGUACUAUGCAUAUUGGAAACUAAGUACUUGGUCACAUGUUGCAAAGAAACGUUGAAGUUAUGUCUUAAUUGAUAAGGUAAUUAUUUUGUUACAAGUGUAUGUUAUUAAUGUUACGGGUAUAUGAUAAGUGUUACAAUAAGAAGUUUUAUAAACACUAAAGUUUUAUAACCACAUGUGAUGCAUGUUUUCAUUAUUUAAAUGAGAUUUUGCUCUAAAUAUUUGUAGGGCCUAUCAAAGUCAUGUCAGUUAGGUAAGCACUAUUAAUGGUUAAGUCAUGUAUACUUUUAUGUAGUGUUAUUACAAUAUGCUUUCUUAGAGCCUCCAAACAGUGUUUGCGUUCAUAUUUUUAACAAACUACAGUAUUCCCAUGUGUUAAAUAAAGUGUUACUAUUUUCUA